AGCUAUCAAAUUUAAAUUUGAUGUUUGGUAUUUGACGAGAUGUCACAAAUUUUAAUCUGAUAUAAUCACAUGGGCACUUGAAAAUACCAAACUACCCUUCAUAUAAAUAGAUACUUCUUGCCUAUCGAUUGCCCUCACUGUUCGCUCUCUCUCUCUCAAGCAGCUCUCUCUUCGCGCGCUCUCUCACAGUUAUCUCUUUCUCUCUCAGCGAUUUCUCUCUCCAUCGUCGCUCCACGACCACCACCACUCUGUUUCUCCCUCUCUCGCGAAACCCACCUCUGUGUCAAUUUCCCAAAAAAAAACUCAAACUUUAUCCCCUACCUAGGGUUAUCUCGUCUUACAAAUCCAACGCAGAAAAAAGCUCGAUGUGGAUCAGUUCAACUGUGGGAAUCAUUAACAAGAAGCUCGAUGUGGAUCUGUUCCAAAAUGUCCAUUGUUGCCGCAAUGGGCUAUCGGGUUCUUGUCUCGGAUCGUGGAAACGGGGCAUCUGGGGACUAGCCAUGACAGAGGACAAUGAAAGCAGGCCCCAAUUAAGCUUGAGUUUGAGAGUAUUUGGCUUUGCUGGGAUUGUUGAGGUUGUCAUUCUGCUUCCAAUAAUCUGCGGAGCCAGUUCUCCUUCAGUAUUUCAAAUGUCAAUGAUGGCUCAAAAUGGUAAUUGUCUGGCUCGGAAUGUCAUCUGUAGGUGCGGUUGAUUGAAACUUGCGGAAACAAAAUGAAGAUCUUCCAUCAUAUUGUAUUUUGGGAUCGUGAGUUCCAUGAUAGGUAGAAGGAAGUUUUUUAUUAGGGUAAUUUCUGGAAUUGAUAUCUUCUUUGGUUUUCAUUAUUUUUCCUUGAGAAUACUAAUGGGUUUUCCGUGUCUUCUAUUUGAUUUAGAUCACCCGUUUGUUUUGAUUGAAUCAGCCAACAUCUCUGGUUAUCUUUUUUAUCCAGAAUGCCUACCUGCUUUGUGUAAUUCGUGCUUCGUGAUUUUGACAAUUACUUUUUUAUCCCUUUUAGAUUGCUGUCGAUUGCCCAAGAACUGUGUCGGAUGUAUCCUUUUUUCAGCAAGCUCAAAUCCAGAAAUCCUUGGAGGGCAUCCUUUACACUAUACUUGUCCUUAUUUUUUGGGAUGUCUUAUGUGUUCAUGUCAGGAACAGAGAAAUAUUCAAACACACACAUUUCAAAGAAGGAAGAUAAAAUUUGAUGUUUAUCAAAACAGAUAGUCACAAGCGUGAGUAAUUUAAUUGUGUUUCAAUUCUGUUAAACGUGCAAUGUUGUCUCCCUGGGCUAGGUUCCUUCUAUAUGGACAUUAAGCUUAGAAGAUCUGGUGAUUUCGUGAUUGCGCACUCACAAAAUUUACGUGGAUAUACCCCACCUAUCUGCAGCAGCGUGCAUAUGAAUUGCAAGCUGUCAUUAGCUCAGUUGCUCCUGCAGUUGAUAGUAUUAUGCCGUCGGACCCAAGUUGUGAAGACAUUGAGAUUGAUAACAGCCUUUCAUUCCUCAAUGGCUAUGUCCAGCAAGCACUAGAGAAAGGUGAUGAGCCCUAUAUUCCCGAGAAUGAGCGCUCUGGAAUGUUAAAUAUCAACAACUUCAGUAACCAAGAUCAGCAUGAAGCUUUAACCCAUGGUCUUAGGUUUGAGGCUUAUGAGCUUCCAAAGCCAGCAGUGCCAUCAAGAAUUCCUCCAGCUGCAGUUGCAUCCUCAACCGAGCUUGUUCCAGUUCCUGAACCAUCUUAUGCUAGGGAUACCUGCCAGCCUGCAUCAUUGCCACCUGUGUCAGAUGCAGGAUCAUCAGAACUUAGGUUACGACUAGAUGGUGUUCAAAGAAAAUGGGGUAGGCCAACAUACUCCUCUCCAGCUUGUCGAUCUCAAAUUCCUCUAGUUCUAGUUCCCAGAAAUCAAUGAAUGGGGUCACACAUGUAGAUAGCGUGAGCACUUCAAAUUCAAAAGCACGUGAUACUUAUGAGUCAAGGAGGCCCCAGGUUGAAAUUUCUCCUGAAAAGCAGAAGCUUGCCAGUUCACUGUUUGGCGGUUCAUCAAAAACCCAAGGAGGCCA